UGAUAUGGUCACUGAAACAACAACAAUAACAACACCAACAACAACGCAGAUUGGAUCUCAUUAUCUCAGUUGUACAUCGAUAUCCGUAAAUGAAGGAGAAACAGCAACGAUUUCCUGUGUAUUAAACAUCUCCUCCUUUGAUUAUAUAUCUAUAUCAAAUAUAAAGGACAGUUUACUGUCUAUUUAUGCAAAUACCACAGUAAUGUAUGCUGAGGACAGUUCUUCCGCAAAAUUUGAAUGCACAAUAACUGGAACAGCGUUAUCAUUUCUUAUUAACAAUGUGCAAUGCAAUGACUCUGUGGAAUAUGAGUUUAACCUAUAUAUGGAGGGAAUACUCUCGAGUACUGUCACAGCAUCUGUACUGAUGAAGACCAAACCAUUAUCACCAGAACUGACAAUUGACUACAAGUUGGAGUUGGGUAAAAACCAACCAAUACACACUUGCAAAGGUUUUGUUGGAAGCCCAAAGGGCACCCUAGAGUUGGAAAUAAAAAAUACUACAUCAGGAAAUUUUAGCAAAUACAUUCCUACAACACAAAGUUUUGGCUCCUCUGGUCUUGAGAAUUGUAAUAAUCAGUUGGUUCUUACUUUUUCGAUAGACCUUACAAUAAAUAAUUUAUCUGAUCACUACUUGAGGUGCCUUGCUAAAAAUACAAAGACUUUGCAAGACAGCGAUCCCAUUCCAAUGUCAAACGAGGUUCCAAUAGUUCCACUUCCAGCAAAUCCUUGCAGCGGGAUCAAUGCGUUUUUCACACAUCCGAGAGACUGUAGAUAUUAUGUUCAAUGUGUGCAUAACAAUAUUGGACAUAUUUAUAACUGUCCUUCGAAAUGCUUUAACGAAACUAUUUUACAAUGUUGAAGAUGCUUGUAUGAGAAAUGAAU